AUGGGGGAAAUCGAUGGCGAACGAAAACGCCCUGCAGAGGAUGCACAGGCCGAUGCGGAUGCGGCCGUGGAGACGGCGCAGUCCAAGCAGACCGAGAGACCACGGAAGCGCAGGAGCGGCUGGGACGACGUCGGGGACGGCUCGCAGGCGCUGCCUGCGGCACCGCCCAGCAUCCCCAUGUCUGUGCCGCCUGGAGCUGCCGUGGUCGAGUUCAAGGUGGAUCAAGGUGUGGUGGGAUUUCUGAUUGGCAAGGGCGGCGAGACCUUGCGCAGCAUGGAAGUCAGCAGCACAGCCACCAUCAAGAUCGACCAGACCUCCAAGGAGAUGGGCUACAGCAUGGUCCGCAUCACUGGCUCUGAGCAGGCCGUGGCCGUGGCCAAGGCCCUGCUGGACGGCCGCAUCAGCGAAAAGCGACAAAACGCAUCCGGCAUGCACCGGAACCGCACGGAGGUGCAGCAAGGGCAGGAGGGCGGGGGCAGCGGGGCCGUUGGCUGGGAGACGCAGAUCGAACAGUCUGCCGUGGGCUUCUUCAUCGGCAAGCAGGGCGAAUACAUCAAGAGAAUACAGGCACAGACGGGUGCCACCGUGGUCAUCGACCAAGAGACGAAGGACUACGGGUAUAGCAUGAUCCGCAUCAUGGAUGGGCCCGGACUGCGAGAAGCCUCCGAGAUGGUGAAGUACAGGCUGGACCAAGUGAAGGAGGCAGCUGUCCAGCGGGCACCCGCAGGCGAGUACGAGGAGCUCUCGGUUCCUCAAGGCCAAGUCGGGGCGAUCAUUGGCCGUGGUGGCGACACCCUGCGGCAGAUCAAAGCAGAGAGUGGUGCAAUCAUCGUUCUCAGCCAGGAGACCAAAGGACAGGGAUUCAGCACAGUGCGUUUUGCUGGAAGUCAAGAUGCCGUACUGAAAGCCAAAGACCUGGUCCAGCAGAGACUAGCCGAGCGAGAGUGGGCAGCGCAGGGUGCCUGGUCUGGGGGUGGGGGUGGCGGCAAUUGGAGCGGAAGCUGGCAGUAUGGCAAGGGCGAUUUCGGUGGUGGCAUUAACCCGCCCCCGCCGCCACAUGGCAAGGGCAAAGACUGGGGAGGGGGCGGUCUGGGACUCAGCGACGAUUGGGGCGGCAGCUCUGGCUUUGGCGAUGGUCUCGGACUGGGCAAUGACUUGGGCCAAGGCCAAGGCUGCCAAGGCUUGGAUGCAGGUGCGCCCAUAGGCGGUCCCAUAGGCGGUCCCCCUCCUCCCUUAGGUGCUCCGGGUCCGGGUCUGAGUCUAGGUCAGCCCAUGCAGCCAAUAGGCUUGGGGGGCCCGGGUCCCUUGCCCCCGCCCGGCCCGCCCGGCCCCGGCCUGCAAAGCUCACCCUGCAUGGGGGCUCCUUUGGGUGCCUUGAAUGCACCACCUUUAGGUCAGCCGUUGCAGUCCCUGCAACCCCUGCAACAAUCCAUGCCCCUCGCGGCUCAACCUCUCCAGUCAUUACAUUACCCACUACAAUCACUACAACCACCCCCACCACCACCAAUGCAGCCGCUUCCAAUUCAACAGCAAUUGGUACUUCAGCCUUUGCCCCUCCAAACACAGCCACAACUCCAACUCGGUGCUUACCAAAUGCCAGGCUUCGCAUGA